AUGGCCGGAGGCAGCAUAACAAGAUCGCUUGUUACCAAUGUCACCGAAACUUGGCAUUCACUCAGCACGAACACCCAACGUGGGCUUCUAUCUUUCGCGAUAGUUGCUACGAUUGUAGGACUAUAUUAUCUUCUACCACGCCAUAAGCAGAGACUGGUUCCUGGAAUCCCAAUAAUUGGCGGGGAGGACGAGGCGUCAAUUCGGAAAAGCCGGAUUCGAUUUCUGCACGAUGGUAUGCAGAUGCUGCUCGAAGGCUAUCAGCUCACAAAAGGUGGACUGUACUAUGUCCCAAGCAAACUCGGUGAGCGUCUCAUGCUGCCGACCAGAUAUCUUAAGGAGCUGAAGUCUGCUCCGAUCCACAAGGUGGACUUUGUGGCCACAUUUAUUGAGAUGUUCGAAGGAAAGUACACGACGAUGGGAAGCCGGUCAACUUUGCAUCCUCGCGUAGUCCGCGGCCAGCUUAAUCGAAACCUGUGGACGGUCAUCAGCGAUGUCCAAGAAGAGAUCAGUGAUGCAUUCGAUGACGCAUUUCCGGCCUGCGAUGACUGGACGGAAGUAGACGUAGUAGACCGGAUCACGCAAAUUGUCGCCCGUGUUUCCAGCCGUAUGUUCGGCGGCACAACUCUUAGCCGCAACAAGAGAUGGGUUAAGUCCUCCAUCGACUUUGCCAUUGACGGCUUCGUCGGCGCCCAAGCGCUCAAGAAGUACCCCGAGAUCCUGAAGCCCAUUGCCGCUCGCUUCAUCCCCGCGAUUCAAAACAUCAAGAACCACUACGCUGCUGUGGAGGAAGCCGCCAUCCCUCUCAUAAAAGAGCGAGAAGCGACCGGCGCCACGGCGUCUGAUUUUCUGUACUGGAUGGACCAGGACGCCGAGGGGAGCGAGAAGGAUCGCGCUUUUCUUGCCGGCAUCUUGUUGAAGGUUAGCUUUGCUGCCAUUCACACCAGCGCUGCCGCACCGACACAGCUCUUGUAUGACUUGUGUGCGAUGCCAGAGUACAUCAAACCGUUGAGACAAGAGAUUUUGGAUAAUACGGAUGAAGAUGGUCUCAUCUCACGACACGGCUUCCAGGGCAUGUCUAAGCUAGAUAGCAUCAUGAAAGAAAGCCAGAGAUUCAAUCCCCUUCUUCUGAUUACAUUUCAAAGAGUCGUCACGAAAGAUUACCGUCUUUCUGACGGUUUGACGAUCCCUGCAAACACAACUAUCGGUAUCCCAACACAUGCCGUCUCCAUGGAUCCAGAUCUCUACCCCGAGCCUAAAAAGUUCAAGGGCUUUCGAUUCCACGAGCUACAAAAAAAGGCCCAGCCUUCGAAGAAGGGUCAGGACGCGGAAACCGGCGACAAGGAAAGAGCGGCGCCAUCUAAAGCCUAUGCUGCCUCCCAUCCGUCCAGCAUGGCUUUUGGAUACGGCCGACAUGCUUGCCCAGGCAGAUUCUUUGCAUCUGCUGAAAUCAAAGCCAUCAUGGUGUAUCUUCUGAUGAACUAUGAUUUCAAGUUUCCAGAGGAUCAGCCGGAGAGACCUCCCAGUUUACUGUUCGAGACGCAGAACUUGCCAAAUCCGGGGGGGCGAAUCAUGUUUAGGAGGCGGGGGCUGGAGAGGAGCUAG